GCCGAGAACUUUCUCUCGGAUGGUUACAGUCCCGCGAGACCUAGGAAUACAACCCCCUCUGGCCAUCAGAGCCAGGAGAGCAACGGGUAUCCCCUGGGCCGCAGCGGGCACCAUAAAGACCACGACACGAGAUGCGAAUAAAAGUUCCCCUCCAGGGACAGUGGCAUUCUGGAAUGUGGCAGAGACAGCAAGCCAGCGAGCAUGAAAAUGGCGCCCACCGGCUGGAAUGAGGCAGAGGCAUAGCUUAGCGAUGGCAACUGCAAGAAAAGAAAAAAGAAAAAAUGAGAGACAGAGAGAGAAAAGGAAAAAAAAAAAAAUCUGGGGUUAAAAAAAAAAAAGAGAGAAUGCUCGAGGCUGGAGUAAGGAGGAGGGAGAGCUCAAAAAUGGCGCCCGCCAGCCUCUGUCCCUGGAGAGCAACCCGGCAGACCCCCCCAAAGUGUACAAAUCAGACGUCUGACCCUCAGGCCAACGCUCCCAGAGAAGCAGAUGAGCCUCUCCCCCACAAAGUCUGCGCACCCCUGGAUCGGCAGCUCACACACCGGGUCCUGAAGCCGAUUUCUUCAUGGGGAGGAGGUGUGUGCUACUUCAUCAUAUCAAGAAGCAAAGAAUGUCUGUUGCCACUGAAAUUAUCCAUGGAUUCAGAGACAUAAGCCUAAUUCCUCCAUCAACCUUUUGAGCCACGACUUUGGCAUCCACAGAUGAUCAUUACCCAGAUGCAUACUUUCAUUAGAGGUAUCUUCUAACAUCUUCAUGCAUGUAUAAGCAGGCAAAAGAUGCCAGUGAUCAAUAUUGAGGACCUGACGGAAAAGGACAAAUUGAAGAUGGAAGUCGACCAGCUCAAGAAAGAAGUAACACUGGAAAGAAUGCUGGUCUCCAAAUGUUGUGAAGAAGUAAGGGAUUAUGUUGAAGAAAGAUCUGGCGAAGAUCCACUAGUAAAGGGUAUCCCAGAGGACAAAAAUCCCUUCAAGGAGCUCAAAGGAGGCUGUGUGAUUUCAUAAGAAAAAAAAAUCCUUGGAAUAUCUUGAGCUUUAAUGACAGUACUAGUUUUUGGUCAUAUAUAAGAAUUCUAUUAAGCAUGUACGUAAAGCUUUAAAUUUGUAAAUAUAAACUUUAAAU